AUGGAUGCUCUGCAGAUGUACAAAUCCCUGUUGCAGCUCAACGAUUGGCCCACUCAGCGCCCUAUCUCUCGUCUGACCGCAAAAUUCGUGCUGGACUACGUGCUUACCAGCGGGAUUUCUGACGAAAUAGAACUGGUCUCCCUCGCCUACAGAGCCAUCGAGUACUGGGCAUCUGUCUUCCAGACAUUCGAUCCAGAGAAUCACGGGUGCAUCUCAAGUGACGUCUUCCACGAGGCGCUGGAGGCGUGCGGCUACAACGUGAGCAAGUACUACGUGAGAUGCCUUCUUCGAGCGUCUGAACGCUUGGGCCAGGUUUCCUUCGACAGCUUCGUCAAAGCGUGCGCUACAACCGCAAAGGUCCACCCGUGA